GCCCCUCUCCACAUCAUUUCUAACAACAAUUUUAAAUCCGCCCACGUCUCUCUCUCUCUCUCUCUCCCCCUCCCCCUUUCUCUUCUAGAUUCUGGAGCUAGAAUCCGGAAUCUAUCUAUGAUUCUUGUCUUUGUUUAGUUACAAGAUUAACUCUUCUUAAUCAACCAAGCAACGAUCAUCCUAUAAUCACCAAACCAGUAAACUUCCCUCUCAAGAAAAUCAUAAGCUGACCCGAAAAAUGACCAUGGACCGAAACUCGCCACCAGAAACACCAGGCAGGGACUCAAAAUCAAUUCUUGUUCUCUCAAUAGAAUGUCUAAAAGGGACUUCGAAAGCUGACGAAUGGAAGGUAGACAUGCUUCAAACAGGAGAUAUAGUAGAAGAAAUUCUUAUCGGAUCCGGGUCGUCGUCGUCGUCAUCAUCCGGGUCUGGCGGGUUGACAAGAUAUAGCGCUCCAUUCAAGAAUGGAAAAAGUGGGGUUCAAAAGAUACUUCAUAACUCGUUCAAAAACAAAGAGACUUCGAUUGUUGUUCGAGUUAGACGUGGUGGAGAUGAGUUUGCUGAGUUGCAUGCCUGUGUUGUGCCCGAGUCGGGUUACAAGAACAAGUAUGUUUUGAGGUCUAUUGCGGAUCCGAAUUAUUCUGUCGGGUUCACAGAUCGGUCUGAAGCCGAGUGCUUUGAAUUACAAGCUUCAAGAAGCUCCAGAAUUGUUAGUGCAUUACAGAGGGCUAAGCUUCAAGAUGGAUAUGUGGGAUAUCCGUGGGAAAAGAGGAUGCAGGAGUUGCUAAAUGUUCCCAAUUCAAGCAGCUUUCUUUCUUUACUCCUCCUUCCAAAAGCUUCAGAUCGAGUUGCUUCUCGGUACAAUGACUUGGAGGACACUCUUGCCAGGGCAAAUGCGUGGCUGCACGCAUCUCAGGCCUCUGGGGUUCCAAUUGUUUUCAUGAACAUUCAAACUGAAUCCCUGCUUACCAAGAUAUCUGGAGAGACAGCUUCUUCAACUGUGAAUGCUGGUUCAUUGUCUGAUUUGUCCAAUCUUGCUCAUGUAAGCUUGUAUGGUUUUGAGGAUUAUCAUGGGGUUGAUAUCGGUGUAGUUAGAGCAGUUCGUCUCUGGUAUGCACCUUUAUGUGGAGAAUUUGCAAUUGAGGUCGAAAUACAAGAAGAUGAUACAAAGCUCGGAUUUGCCAUUAGCCGCACAGAAGAGGGCUUUAUCUUCAUUUCUUCCGUUAUGGAUGGUGAUGAAAGUGCACCCUCGACAAGGUCAGGGCUCAGCAAUCUAUACAAAGAAGCAAAAAGUGCAUCAAGAUUACUAGUUGUUUCAAGAGUGUCAAACGAGAAAGUCCUUCCUUGGAUGGUUUCGUCAACAGGAGCAGUCCGAUGUUUUGACACUGUCUCGCUAAGCCAGAAACUUUCCUUGCAUCGCCAUGCCAAGGUGCCUAUUCUCAUUCAUGUUUUCUUGUGGGACAGAACAUUGCCAUCACCAAGUGCAGGCAGUGCUAGGUUUAAGUCUGUCUCCCCUCCUGUUCUUGCAUUCCCACCCGAAAUUCAGUUGGCACACCAACUCAGUCAGAAUCAAAUACUGCCUCUGCCAGCUGAUGUUCCGAAUGAUGCAGUGAACGAGGCCGAAGUUAGGCUUGAUCGAGACACAGCCGGAGAAGCAUCAUUUCGGUUCCACGAUUUUUCACCUCCAAACAAUUGGGUAUAAUAUUAUUUUUCGUUGUGCUUCUUCCUUGACAUUUCCUUGGUGAUUGCUGUGUAUAAAGAAAAUAUACAGAGUCAAGAAUUUCCUUUGAUUUCAUUUA